CAAAGGAGUGUAUCCGGCCUAAGGGAAUUAUAAUUGUGUGAGAGCUGUUCAACCUGCCUUACUGCUGCCAAAGGACCUGAGAUAUUUUGAUUCGACCAGAGAUAAUAGAGAUAGAUAUAUGAGAGAGAGACUGAAUUGAAGGCGUUUUGGCAGCAGUGUAAGUAGAGCUGGAACAUGAUCGCUAACCCUGCGGUGGCGUGACGACUGGUUUCACCGCGCAUGCGCAGCGAGGCGCUCAGGUUGCGCUGGCAGGUACACCGAGCGCGAGAACACCUGUGCCAGCCGCGAGACAACAUGUCUGGAUUCGACAGUAACCCCUUUGCCGAGCCAGUUGAUGUCAACCCUUUUCAGGAUCCAUCAGUGACUCAGGUGACCAGCACUGCAGCUGAUGGUGUGGGAGAGUUUAACCCAUUUACAGCCGGUGCUCUGGAUGGAAGAACCAUUCCCGUGUCCGUCGCCUCUCAACCAGCAGUCCUCCACACGACCGUGGAGCCCAGUCCACAAGCUGGUGUAGCUGCGGGACAGGCUGAGCUCCUCCGACAGCAGGCAGAGCUGGAAAAGAAGGCCGCGGAGCUGGAACGCAAAGAACAGGAGCUUCGGGAUCGAGAUACUGCACGAGGUAAAGAAAACAACUGGCCACCUUUGCCCAGGUUUUUCCCCAUAAAACCUUGCUUUUAUCAGGAUUUCAAUGAAGAAAUCCCUGUGGAAUAUCAACGGGUUUGCAAGAUGAUGUACUACCUCUGGAUGUAUCACAGUGUGACGCUGUUUCUCAACCUGCUGGCCUGUAUGGUGUAUUUCGCUGUGGAUACUUCUACACGAGGAGUGGACUUCGGACUCUCAAUCCUCUGGUUCAUUUUGUUCACUCCCGUCGCUUUCCUCUGCUGGUACCGACCCGUAUACAAGGCCUUUAAAUCUGACAGCUCCUUCAGUUUCUUCUUUUUCUUCUUCAUUUUCUCAUUCCAAGUAAUAGUGUACAUCAUUCAGAGCGUGGGGAUCCCCGGCUGGGGAAACAGCGGCUGGAUCACGGCCAUCUCUCUGGUCAAGAGUAACACAGCUGUGUCCGUCUUCAUGAUGCUGGUGGCUGGAUUCUUCUCUGUCAAUGCCGUGCUGUCCAUCCUCUUGCUGAAAAUGGUUCACUCCAUGUACAGGCACACGGGCGCGAGCUUCCAGAAGGCGCAGGACGAGUUUUCCCAGGGCGUCGUUAACAACCGAAGCUUCCAGUCUGCUGCCGCCACAGCUGCUUCUUCAGCCGUCCAGGGAGCCUUUCAGUAACGUCCACAGACACGACUAAAGACUGGCAUGAAGUUCUGCACAUAAACUUCCAUCAAACCUCUAAUGGAAGGACAAUCUGUAUUUGAGGAUGUUUUUUCUGCUGCAAUACGUUCAUUUGGUUACUGAAAAUAGGUGAAUGUUACCUGGCUGCUGAUCGGUGAGGCACUUUACAUGAUGGCUGGGUUCUGUCAGGAUACAGGCUGUCCUUUCCUCCUGUACUCCUCGUGUAAUGAAGGCAACAUAUAGAGGUGGUUUAUGCAAAAGUUAUAUUAAGUUGAAGUGUUUCAAACGGCACUAUUUAAUUUAAGUUUGUCAUCGUUACAAUAGUCAAAUCCAUGUUUCCAAAUUACACUUUCUAGUCCCUGCUAUGUAUUUAGAUUCAUCUUUCGUGAAAUGUAUUUUUGCAUGUUGAAUUAUUCUACUCUUUGAUUUAAUCCGGAUAAAUGUAUCGUAUGUCAGCUGAUAUCUCAGUAAUGGUUCUACGACAUUUGAACAACAAGAAACAUGUUUAUCUAUAUGCCGAAUUUGGAUGCAAUAGAAAGAUAUGGUAAAUGUAAUAUUAGUAUGCGGUUGUGAAUUCAGCAAUAGACUUCUUUAGAGUGAACCGUAGACCUGUUUGUUACAUUCUCAAACUGAUGUGGUGAUUUUGCAGUGUUCUUAAUUACGAACAAAAUAUGUAUAUAUUUAUAAAUUAAGCGAUUUUAUUUUUCUGUGGUUGACUUGGGUUUUAUGAGUUAUUGUUGAAUAAACGUAUUCUGAUUA